GAUCUUUGCUCCGCGUGUUGCAUCUUGGUCGCACUCAUUGCUCUUUCUCAAGUCAAUCAAAGUGUUGACUGUCUAAUGUUCUUCAAGAUGUAAACAUGAAUCCCACGGUUGGAUCUUACUCGUUUUAAGUGCGUCGCUGAGUUUUUUCUUCAGUUUUUAUGCGCUGCCUCUUGUCAAAGCGGUCAAAGGCGCACACAGAGGUUUUAAGCUAGCUGCACAUUAGCAAACAUGUUCGGAAAACCAAUGACAGCAGCAGAAGUUAAGAAAGUAGGACAACGCAAGUGCACAGUGUAUUUUUUUUCCUCGGGAUUAUAAAGGAACAUAAAACGCUUAGUUAAAGUUGCAACAGGACAAUUGGGGAUCCUGUCACUUCUUCGCAAUGUUAAAACACGGAAUGUCAAAUGGGAAGACAUCAGAUAUCACGAGAAGCAUCAUUGUUUGAUCUAUAGGCUUUCUCUAGUUAUUAAGGCCUACAAAUAUACAGUGAAGAUGCUGUUCUCUGGAUGCAGGGCGUGCGUAAGGACUUAUUUUCCUUUUAGUGUAAACUUAAGUUCAAAGCGUGUUCCCAGACUGCUCACUUUGGGUAUAAUAAGAACUUUGGUUACAACGAGUCGAGCAGAUGCCUCCUCACAGAAGCUUUGCACUUCACAUGGAAAUAAACUGGGAUGGUGCAGGACGCGUUGUCAAAAAAGAGCUUUUACCAUCAAUCAGCAAUUGUGUCAUUUUGGUGGGCAAGUUCAGAGGAGCUUGCUGCAGGUUGGAGCUGCUUGGCAUGUUUGCCCCAUUCGCCAUGCAGUAUCUGAAGCAUCUCCCUCCAGUGUGGCUCCUACUUUUAUUGUGAUGAGAUUUGACCAAGAAGGAAAUGUCACAACGUUUGAAAAGAAGAAGACAGAGCUUUGUCAGGAGCUGAGUUUGCAGGCCCGAGAUCUCCGCUUUCAGCACAGCACAAGCCUCACUGCCAGGAACAACUGUAUUAUCAUCAGAAUGGAGUCCCUAAAAGCCAUUGUGACUCUGGAGAGCCUUCAGGUUUUGGACUUUCGAGGCGUGGGACUGGAGAGAUGGCUGGUGCUGGAGCUCGCCCCACAGCUGGCUACUCAAACGUACUCUCUCCCUUUUGAGUUCCGCGCUCUGGAGGCCAUACUGCAACACCGGGUUAAUGCUCUCCAGAUCCGGUUAAAUGAGGUGGAGCCUGUAAUAUUGGACACACUGGAAUCUCUAGUCGACCCAAAAAUUCUUUCUGCUGACCGAAGCAAGCUACAUGUUCUACUUCAAAACAGCAAGAGUUUGUCAGAGUUUGAAACAGACAUAAAAGUUUUCAAAGAUUCGUUGCUGAAGAUCUUGGACGAAGAUGAGAUGAUUGAAGAACUUUGUUUAACCAAGUGGACUGACCCAAGAGUUUUUGAAGAAAGCAGCCUGGGUAUUGACCAUGCUGAGGAGAUGGAAUUGUUGCUAGAGAAUUAUUAUAUGCAGGCAGAAGAGCUGGGGAAUAAGGCCAGAGAGUUAAAAGGACUAAUAGACGACUCUGAAAGUGUUAUCUUUAUCAAUCUGGAUAGUCAUCGAAAUGUUAUGAUGCGUCUCAAUCUACAGCUAACAAUGGGCACAUUUUCCCUCUCUUUGUUUGGUCUAAUCGGAGUGGCGUUUGGUAUGAACCUGGAGUCAUCAUUUGAAGAGGAUCCCAGAGUUUUUUGGCUCGUCACGGGUUUUAUGUUUUUGGGGAGUGGGUUAAUUUGGAGGAGACUGCUUUCAUUUUUGGGACGCCAUCUAGAGCCUUCACUGAUCCCUCCAGUGUGGAAAAGAAAUCUUAAAGGUGGUGGAAUGAGAUGAUCCUUUUUUCUGCUUUGUAAAAAGCCAUUGAGCUGCUGAGGACCUGACCCUUACCUCAUUUUGGGACUUUGAAGUCCUAAUUUUAUUUAACAUAAAACAGAUGAUUUGCUGUGUGAUAGAGUCCAGUAGAGGUCAGCAUUGCAUUUACCUCCAUCACCCACUGUGGUUUAUUCCUAAAAUAUAUACAAUAUGUAUAUUUAUAUGUGCACAUGUAACAGAACUUCAAAGCAAAAUUAAAGUUUUUAUUACAUCUACAAUGAGUAAUAUAGCUGUAACCGUACCUAUGUCAGAGAAAAAUACUGCCAUCAAAGGCAUUCUGUCUGAACAAAACUAUAAUAUAAUAUGAUUUUAUUUUUUGUAAGUUGGUAGAAAUCAACAUAAUAAAACUAUUUUGUUAAGUAAAAUGCCUUUUUUACGGGUGAGUUGACACUUUAAAACCCUAAGUUUGGUACCCAAAUAAAUGAAUUAUGCUCAAAACCCA